AUGAGCAGUGCCUUCAUACGGAAGCUCACCACCCGCAUGAAAGUACAGAGGCAUCGCCAGAAGCAUCCAAAGAGGUGUCUCCCUAACAAAGAAGUUGCUGCCUCUACAAAAGUGGACAUUCCUGAAAUUUCUGUUGAAGAUGCACUCAGGGAAUUGGCUGAAAUGACGAGAACCAUGCAGGCAGGUCUGCCCUUUGACCAUCAGCACGUAGACAUUCUUCUUUCCCUCACCUUCAAUUCAAGAAAGAGCAUUCCCAUAGAUGUCCUCCAACCUUUCAUGUGUCACAAGACAGUGCUUUCAGGAGAAGUUGCAAGGUGGCUUCAUUCAGCUUCAUUUUCAACUCUGCUCAAGAAGUUGACUGAUGCCCUUGACAAGUUUGCCAAUGCCUUCCAGGAGAAGGCAGCAAUAUUAUCAGUGCAAGAGUUCCUUAGUCGUCGUAGUGUCAUGUCAAGACUCAUUUUGAAGGAUGACUGCAGCAACAGGGCUGCAAAAAAGCUUCUGGGGCCACACUGCCUGCUGCAUCUUGAUCAGUCAGUGCAAUUCACAUUUUCUGCUACCUCUCAAGUCACUGUGAAGGAUGUGUCCCCAGAAGAAGGAGCAAUAAUAUGCUUGGGAUUCUACUUCAUGAGAGACAUAUCCUAUCCUGCAGCAUAUGGACAGUUACUUGGCUUUCUUCAAAGUGUUCUGCUCAAUGAUUCCUUUUCACAUAAUCUUCAAAGUGUAAAGCUCAGAAAUCUGUUAGAGAAAGUCUGUUAUAAAUCUGCUGGAGUUGUCUGA